GGGGAAAUGCUCAGCGUCAGCGGGAGCCUUUCGAUCUGGACGGGCCCCCAGCGCUCGUGCCAGGGCGCACUCUUUUUUUCAUCUGUCACGUGCCCAACCCCUACCGCUCGCGCGUCGCGGCUCGCACACCUGUCCACCAGAGAAGAAGCACCCAGAGCAUGUGCGAAAACACCACCUCCCGCCCGGGAUAAAUCCCCCCCUGCUCCGCGGCCCAUGCGACUGCCAUGUCCUCUUCGGCCUCCUCCGCCCUCCGUCGCUUCUCUCUUCUGAAUCCGCCGCGCUCCUCCCUCCCAGCCCGCCGCUCCUCCCCCCUCUCCGCCUCCUCCUUUUCCCCGCCGUACGCCGCUCCUCUCUCGUCGUCGCCCCUCUCCAAGCCCCGCGUCGCUUUCCAAUCUUUCCUCAGGAUGGACGUACGUCGCUUGCUAAAUCUUCUCGCCCUUUUCCUCUUCUUUGGGACAGGAGGAUCAAUUGCGAGUAACAAAGGCCUGGUUGAGCAGUUGAGGCAGUAUGGUGUAAUCAGGUCUGACAAAGUGGCAGAAGUUAUGCAGACUAUUGACAGAGCAUUAUUUGUACCACAUGGCAAUCCCCCUUAUGUUGAUAGCCCGAUGCCGAUAGGUUAUAAUGCAACAAUAUCAGCACCUCAUAUGCAUGCAACUUGUCUAGAAUUGUUGAAGGACAACCUGCAACCUGGCAUGCGCGCUUUGGAUGUUGGUUCAGGAACUGGGUAUCUGACAGCAUGUUUUGCAAUGAUGGUUGGACCCCAAGGUCGUGCAGUGGGAAUCGAACACAUUCCUGAGCUGGUUGCUGCUUCCAUAGAGAACAUAAAAAGAAGUGCGGCGGCACAAUUACUGAAGGAUGGAUCUCUUUCUAUACAUGUUGCGGAUGGAAGGUAUGGCUGGCCAGAAGCAGCGCCGUAUGAUGCCAUUCAUGUGGGUGCGGCAGCUCCCGAGAUUCCCCAAGCUCUACUUGAUCAGUUGAAACCCGGUGGGAGAAUGGUAAUUCCUGUAGGCAACAUCUUCCAGGAUUUGCAAGUGAUUGAUAAGAACCCUGACGGUUCCAUCAACGUCCGUAGCGAAACAUCCGUGAGAUAUGUUCCACUGACAAGCCGAGCUGCCCAGCUUCAGAACUACUGAUUUCCCAGCUGGUUUAAAUUUUCCGAGCCAUUAGAUAGAAUAGAAUAGAACAUACGAGUGGUCAGAAUGUACAGCAAUAAUGUGUAGUUUUGAAUCAUCUUUCAUGUUUGUCUGCUUGUGUUUCCUAUCUGCUUAAUGGUCCCUUAUAUUUUCAAAGAUAGACUUUGUGAUGGUAAGAACUACUAUGUGGUAGGUACUAUGUAAAGGUAUUCAUGGUUUUAAGUGAUGGCUCGUAUAGUGCACCACACAACUGCUGCAUGGAUUUAUUUAUCUUCGCCUUGUUGAGUUUUGCUUGUUUGACUGGAUAUGCAGUUCUUGUAUUCCUCAGAUGUGUUCACUGGGGUAGAAAGAAAAAAUAAAAAAAAUAAAAAUUGCUUUUAA